AUGGAUCUAGCAGAGAAGUCCCAGCGAGCAAACUUCUUGUUCGUCGAGGAGGAGGAGGAGAAAGAAGAAGAAGAGCAGCAACAGCAACAGCAACAGCAACAGCAACAGCAACAGAAACAGAAACAGCAACAGCAACAGCAACGCAAGGAGGGAGAGCAGCGACCCAAAGGCAAGGACAAACCAAAGGCCCCAACGACGCAUCCGAAAGGGCCAACGACUCGUUCCAUUUCCGACAGCAGUGGGGAACAAAGGACCAGGUGGUGUACCAUACUGUAG